AUGAAGCAGCAGCUGGAUCCGCUGCGGGGCUUGCAGCAGCAGCAGCCACGAAGGAGGCUGCUGCUGUGCCUGGCUGUUCUGCUGCUCCUUUUUGCCGUGCAGCAGCAGCAGCAGCAGCAGCAGCAGCACAGCCUGCUGCCGCUGUCUUGCCACGCACGAAGCCUGCAGCCCACAGCAAGAUCUCCCGGCCUGGCUUUCGCUCCUCCCUUGCUGCUGCGACAAUUCCACCAGCAGCAGCAGCAGCAGCAGCAGCAGCAGAAACUGGGUGAACUGCAGCAGCAGCUUGACGGCACUAAACCGCUGCGCGAGCCACGCAGCUGCUUCAAGCUGUCAGCAGCAGCAGCAGCAGCAGAAGCAACAGCAGCAGCAGCUCCAGGAGACCGAGGGGGCCCCGUUUACCUCUCUGACUUACCUCCGGGGGCCCUAGCAGGCAAACGCAUAGUUGCUGGCCUGCAGCCAUCGGGUUCGCUGCACCUGGGACACCUGCUGUCGACGCUGCUGCCGCUGCAGCAGCAGCAGCAGCAGGGGGCUGAAACGCGGCUGCUGCUGUGUGACACGCAUGCGCUGUACGGCCGCUGCGACCAUCCACAUAGCAGCAGCAGCAGCAGCAGCAGCAGCAGCAUCAGCAGCAACGCAAUUGAGGCCCUGGCGCUGGCGUUGGCUUGCGGCAUCCGUCCACUGAGCCGCGGAGGGCAGCAGCUGCUGCAGCAGCUGCUGCAGCAGCCUUCUCAGCAUCCCCCCGAGCAGCAGCAGCAGCAGCAGCAGCAGCAGCAGCAGCAGCGGGGGGGCACUCUGAUCUUGCUGCAGAGCCUGGCCCCGGAGCACGCGCAGCUGGGGGCUUGGCUGCAGAGCCUCGUGCCUCUCAAUUGGGUCAUCCGCUGCAGCGCAGCACGAGCAGCAAUGGAGGCCCCGGGGGGUGUGAACUCUGUUGGCAGCGUUUUGUAUCCUCUGCAGAUGGCCGCAGACAUUUUGCUGCACUCCGCCCACUACGUCUUAGUGGGUACUGACCAGCAGCAGCACAUUGAGUUCGCCAGAGCUGUAGCCCGCCGCCUCAAUGCCAAGUUUUCGGAGGCCCCUGCUGCUCUGGGGGGCCCCCCUCCGUUGCUGCGACAGACACGCGGGUGGCCUCUGCGGCUGCAGCCCCAGGGGCCCCUUUGGGGCCCCCCGGGGCCCCGCAGGGGCCCCCCAGUGCCUCCCAGGGGCCUCCCGGGGCCCCCGGGGCCCCCGUGGGGGCCCCUGGGGCCUCUAUGGGCCCCCCCGGGGCCCCCCAGGGGCCCCCUGGGUCCCCGCAGGGGCCCCGCGGGGUCGCGGGCCGCGUGGGUGGGGAGUGGCAUGGGCCUUUUUCGCGAGGCCCCCCCGUGGGAGGUGGUUGGUUCCCCCUCGCGGGUGGGGGGCCGCGUGGGCUGCCUGCGGAGGCCGCGGGCCAAAAUGAGCAAAUCCGAUUUGGCCGCGGGGGGCCGCGUGAAUUUGCUGGACAGCAGCGCAGCAGUGGCGGCCAAGGUGGCCAAGGCCGUCACGGACGCGGGCAAAGGCGUGAGCUACGACCCCGUGCGGCGGCCGGGGGGCAGCAACUUGCUGUCGCUGUUGGCGGCUUUGGAGGGCCGGGGGGAAGUUUGUGUCCGCGAAGAGUUUUGCUGCAGCAGCAGCAGCAGCAGCAGCAGCAGCAGCAGCAGCAGCAGCAGCAGCUGGGCAGCAGUCAAGAGCCAGCUCGCCCUGAAGAUCAACCAAACCCUGCAGCCCAUCCAAAGGCAAGCCCCCGGGGGAUUACGAGUUAGGGGUUAG